AUUACCCAGUUGAAGAACCUUACCAUAAUCAGAGUCUCACUUUACUAGGCGAACCCUUUUUGUAAUUGUUCCGAGAGAAAUGUUAAAUAGACUCUCUUAAAAGUGGGACUUUCCGUGGACUGUCAGCCACUUCAUGUUUUUGGCAUGAGAAUUAAUUAUAAACUGAGGUGGCAGAGUGUUUAUGGAGAGUCAAGAGUCAGCACUUGGAGAGAGCUUUUCUCUUGUUCCGAAUUCGAACGAAAGAUUUCAACUUUCUUCAUUUUCCUCAGAAACCAAACAAACCAAUAAGAAUUAACACUUCAACAGGCUGGACUUUCUUCAAUAAACAUGAGUAUUCUGUUUUAAAUCCUCUUUUCUUUUUGAUUUUCGGUUGCCCUCACUUUGAUCCUUUGAUUUUAUAGGCAUAAGUGCUAGUUCUACAAUGGCUUACGUUCCACCACACAGGCGGCACUCGAAGGAAUCGGAGAGGCCGUUGCCAACUCCAGAGCUGCUUGCUCCUCAAUUCAAGAAAAACUUAAAUGACAAGCAAUAUAUUAAGUCUAAUGUGGAUUGGAGUGGAAAAAUAGUUUAUGCAGACAAUUCGACUCAUAGAUGGUGCGCCAUCCCUUUGGAUGACGAGAACCAGUUUCCAUCCUUUGUUAAUCUUGAGCCCGUUGCCUUGGAGUCUGCUGAGCAGAUAAUUGGAAAAAAUCGUGUAGCUCUGAUCAAUACUAGUCUAAAUAAUGAAGGCAGUGAGGUGAAAUGGAACUUGCCAAGGAGCCCUUGGGAAUCUAUAACAGAAAAUGUGCUGGAAGACUUGCUUUCGGCAUUUAAAGACAUGAGGAAUGAAAUCAAGUCCGCAAAGUGCAAAGAAGUAUAUCCAACUUUGGUUGCCAGAGUGGGGAAAGUACUCUUUCGCAGGAGCCCUUCAGUUAACAUGGAAUAUAUCAGAAAAAAAUUUGUCUACUGAAACCUUGAAACAAUGGAGGAAAUCAUUUUACACAAACAUCCCUGUUUCAUAUAAGGAAAGGAUUGUAAAGGAAGUUGUCCCGAAAGUUGGGGUUGAUUUCAAGGAGGAGAAAGAUAUAUGGCUGUUGUGCCAUUCAUUUAGUUGAUUGUUUCAUGCGAUUAUCCUUUUUACCUUUAUGUUUUUCUUUUAUCCGCAUCAUAAUACUGGUUGAAGUAGAACAAAAUAAUAAUCUA